AUGGCGCCUCAUCCCUUGGGUGCGCCCACCAUCCAAGUGCCCCGAGAGAUCCAGCAGCCUUUCUCCGGAGCCUCGGACAAUGAAGUGCUCAGCUCCAAAUCCACCCCACCAAGCCCCACUCUCAUGCCGAGGGACUGCUCCGAAGCAGAAGCAGGUGAUGGCCGAGGGACCUCGAGGAAGCUCCGCGCACGGCGUGGAGGGCGCAACCGGCUCAAGAGCGAGUUGGCACUGAGCAAGCAGCGACGAACCCGGCGCAAGAAGGCCAAUGACCGGGAGCGCAAUCGCAUGCACAACCUCAACUCGGCACUGGACGCGCUGCGAGGUGUUCUGCCCACCUUCCCGGAUGACGCCAAGCUUACAAAGAUCGAGACGCUGCGCUUUGCCCACAACUACAUCUGGGCACUGACUCAGACGCUGCGCAUAGCGGACCACAGCUUUUACGGGCCGGAGCCCCCUGUGCCCUGUGGGGAGCUGGGCAGCCCGGGAGGUGGCUCCAACGGGGACUGGGGCUCUCUCUACUCCCCAGUUUCUCAAGCUGGCAGCCUGAGCCCUACCGCCUCCCUGGAGGAGUUCCCUGGCCUGCAGGUGCCCAGCUCCCCCUCCUGUCUGCUCCCGGGCACACUGGUGUUCUCAGACUUCUUGUGA